AUGGGCUGGUUGGAGCUCGUUGACGAGGUCUGGUCCUUGCCUAAGGAGAGCCAGGCUACGCUUACAGUGGGUGACGGAACGAGUCCUGUCCCCGAUUUCGACUCGUUUUGUUUCCAGACGCGAUUAGUGCUAAUUAUAGACGUAUCUUGUGAGAUUCUUGCUGUCAUCUUCCUCCAAGUCGGCUCCAAAACCGGCCAAACUAGCGCUAUUACCUGUCUAGGCGAGUUUACGCUGCAGGGGCUGACGCUGUUGUUCAGGGACUACGCCACCAUGGUAGCCUUGUCUCCGUUUAGGAGUAACAAGCAGCUUACGUCUCCAGAGCUCGGCAUGGUUGCCGCCAGCUCGUCUAAUGCCGUCUCGCAGACGACAAUGGCCAGCUACCCCUCCCAUCCGGCCGGGACAAACUUAGGAGUUCCCAGCACCUGGCCAACCUUGUCCGCUCCAACGCUUAGGUCAAAGCUCAAGAUUGAAUCUGUGCUCUGGACUAUCAAGAGCAGCUCUACUAUGCUAGACGGCAAGUAUCUUGGUCUUGUGGCUAACGUGGAGGUGUCCAAGGGCCUCUGCCCCAAGCCAUGGUCUACUCUAGCAGAGGCAUAUAGCACAGCACUGUCCCAGGAUGUAACAGCACAAGAGGCCAAGGAGGCUGCUUAUGCCGGCUUAAUAAUGCCGCUGUACAACAUCUUUAGGAAGGACUUUAGAGAGGCUCUCUCAGUAGACAGCGGUGCCAGAGGCGUCUUCACAGUCAUGGACGGCGCCACCAUCAAGGAAGGGCUACCGCAGCUCAGCAACAGCAGCAGCUCUACGGGCACCUAA